AUGCAACGCUUCGUCAAGACCUCGACACUUGCAACCACGUCGGACGGCGCCGUCCUGCUUGCCUACGAUACCGACCGCGCCACCAUGUGCGUCAUCAAGCGCACGCGCCUCUCGCGCUUGACGCACGCAGCGAUCGCGAGCGAAGUGCACGCCUACGACGUCCUCCACGCCAAGGCAUCCGACCACAUCAUGCGCUGCUACGGCAGCCACAUGGAUCGCAAGCGCACGCACCACUACUUCCUCCUCGAGCACUGCGCCAAAGGCGAUCUGUACAACCACCUGCAUGAUCUAUCCAUGCACAAGUGCACGCCCGAGCUCGCGCAGCAGUAUUUCAAGCAAAUCGCCCGUGGUCUCGCGGCCAUCCAUAGCUGCGGCCUCGCUCACCGCGAUCUCUCGCUCGAAAAUGUCUUUGUCGAUACGAAUGGCAAACUCAAGAUUGGCGACUUUGGCCUCGCGACGCCGCUCGCUGCAACGGCAACACAUGCAGUCGGGGAGAGCUACUACAUGGCGCCCGAGAUGCACACCAGUGGCGACUACAGCGCGGCGACCGUCGACGUCUGGUCCCUCGGCAUCGUGCUCUGGAUGUUGCUCACCGGCGUCACGCUCGUCGAGUCGUCGUCCGAGGCCGACGAAGUGUUUGGCUUCCUCCAGCGCGUUGGUAUCCGGACACUCGUCCGCGCAUGGGGACUGGCACUGCCAAGCGACGCUGUCGAGAUGCUGACGCUGCUCUUGGUCGCAGACCCGGCGCUGCGUCCGUCCAUGGCCACGGUGCUGCAGCAUGCGUACUGCCAGCCGCGCACCUCGGGUGAUGUUCCGUCGCGGUAG